ACGGUUAUACGCACAUUAUAUACGACCCGUGUGGAAUCAGUCAAAUCCCCUUUCUACAUUUUCCGUGCAACAAGCCACCGACGAAACUUACAGAAACUUCUCGAUCCCUCACCGGAAUUUCUUUUCUUACCUAUAAAUCUUCCCGAUCCACACAGUUUCAUUCAGACAUUUCAUCAAACACCUUCCAAAUAUCUACUUCACUCGCACAUUUCAUCAAAGUUCCACUCACACAUUUCAUCAAACACCUUGCAGGUAUACAUAAAUCAUCUCGAUCUACACAAUUCCACCAAAUCAGACUGUUUAAACCGCUCUAGUUCAGUCAGACAUUUCAUAAAACACCUUGCAGAUGGCCGACGAAAGUGCAGUAACCGUGUACGGCAACACCGCCAUAACCGAUCCAAGCAAAAACAACAACAAAAACAACUUCUCAGUAAAAGUCGGUUUAGCUCAAAUGCUCCGCGGCGGAGCAAUCAUUGAAGUCACAACCGUUGACCAAGCGAAGAUCGCUGAAUCCGCCGGAGCUUGUUGCGUCAUCGUAUCCGAACCGUCCGGAUCCGGAAUCCAACGGAUGCUCGAUCCGGCAGUUGUUAAACAGAUCCAACGGUCAGUUAACGUUCCGGUGAUGGCGAAGGCUCGCGUAGGACAUUUCGUUGAAGCGCAGAUUCUCGAAGCGGUUGGCGUUGAUUACAUCGAUGAAAACGAGCUUGAUUCGGUUGCAGAUGAAGAUCACUUCAUCAACAAGCAUAAUUUUCAAAUUCCGUUUGUGUGCGGUUGCGGUAGCUUGGGGGAGGGGUUACGCCGAGUUCGAGAAGGCGCGGCGAUGAUACGAACGCAAGGCGAUCGGUCCGGUUCUGGAAACAUUGCUGAGACGGUUAAACAUGUGAGAGAUGUGAUGGGGAAAAUUAGGGUUUUGACAAAUAUGGAUGAGGAUGAAGUGUUUACGUUUGCGAAAGAGUUAGGCGCGCCUUAUGAUAUUCUGGCGCAGACGAAACAGAUGGGGAGGCUUCCGGUUGUGCAUUUCGCUUCGGGUGGGAUUGUGACGCCUGCGGAUGCGGCACUUAUGAUGCAGUUGGGGUGUGAUGGUGUGUUUGUUGGAUCUGAGGUGUUUAAUUCGGUUGAUCCGUAUAAGAGUGUUAGGGCGAUCGUGCAGGCGGUUAGGAAUUAUAAUGAUGCGCAUAUUUUGGCGAAAGUUAGUAGCGGGUUGAAUGAUGUGGUUGCGAGUAGCUCCGAGGUGGCUGAUGUGAUGACUAGCUUUAAUCUUGAUCCUUAAUCUUGAUGAGAACAAUGUUGGAAUAAUUCAUCAUAUGAUUUCAUUGAGUGUGUUAUGUUGUAUGGAAGUGAUAGUAUAGUUUUGGUUUAAAGGGAGAUAAUAACAUGAUCUCUAGAUGGAGACACUGAGUUGUAUACUUGUACUGAUCUUUCAUUGAUGAAAAUGGGAAUUUGAAUAAGCUUUGAUGCUUUGUUUUUUGGA